UACAAUUUUAAUAAUGACCAUGAACUCAUACAUUUCUAAUAAUUUUUAUUAUACAUCGAUAAUUCAUAGCACCCAAUUAACAUGCACGUUCAUGGGAUUUAUCUCUAUAUGACUAUGGCUUUAAAAUAUAUUGGGAUAACAGUUGGCCCAAUUUUAAAUUGUUAGCAAGACCAUGAAAUAACUUAUUUUUAUAUUAAUUUGAGAUUUCACAUACCUCCUUAGAUAAUUAAUCAUUUCUAGGAUUCAAAAGAGACACAUUUCUGUUCUCAUUUGGAAAUUCUUCAUCAUCAUCGGUCACCUGUUUUCGUUCAUUUCUUGUACAGUGUCAUGUUUUAUUUUUGUACCACAAUUGACAUUCUCAUUACAAAUCCAUCAUAAUUCGAGAAAAAACUUCCUGCAUUCUUGAUAUAAAAGUUGAUCAUAAUAGCUGAAACAGUGACUUCAUAUCUUUAAAGAUACAUUUUGCUUUACAGAAAAUAAUGGAACCCAAACUUGGAAGGCUUGUGAAGGCUCUCUAUGACUUUCCAACAGAUGAUUCAAAUGAAUUACCUCUUCAAAUUGGAGAUGUUGUUCAGGUGAUUGAACGUAUUGACAAGCAGUGGUCUGUAGGAAAGUGCAAUAAUCUGGAGGGAAACUUCCCAAUUGGUUUCACUAUCGAAUUGAAAGUACCUCCAUUGAAAGACGAAGACGAGUUGUUUGCUGCAAUAAGUGAUUUCACUGCUCAAGAAAAUGGAGAUCUUACAUUUCAGAAAGGAGAUCUCAUUGUUGGUAAACAGGCAAUUGAUGCAAACUGGUGGAAAGGCGGCAUUGAUAACCAACAAGGUAUUUUCCCUCUGACUCAUGUGUGGAAAAUAAACAAGUACAUGCUUCCUGAAUUAAAAACUUCAAAGAAAGUGGCAAUGAAGGCAAAAGUAAAGAUGAACAUGAAAGCUCAGAUUCCAGAUGAAAUGGAUCUGUUUCAAGAUGAAAUUGUAAACAUCCUUGAAGAAGUUGAAAAGGGAUGGUUUAGAGGAGAGUGCAAUGGUCGCCACGGUAUAUUUCCUGCUUCAUUUGUUACAAUAAUUGAUGAAAACUCUGCUUCCAAUAUCAUGCCGAUAAAUGAGUCUUCUUUUAAUCUUGACGUGAACCAAUUGACCUAUGAUAACAAUCACUCUGGUUAUGAUUGUGUUAACAGUGGUAUUACACCAUAUGGUAGCACUCUUUACCCAUUCAAAGCAGAAUACCCGAAUGAGCUCAGCUUCAAUGCUGGUGAAAUAAUUAACUUGAUUGAGCAUGUGGAUAGUAACUGGAUUAAAGGAGAGAUUGAUGGCAGAAUUGGUAUCUUUCCUGCAAAUUUCGUCAAUAUCGUUGUGGAUUGCCCAACUAGUGAAAAGGAAAAAGCUUCCAAAGAACAACCAAAUGAUAUUGAUCUAAGUCUUUUUCCUCCUGACACUUAUGGUAGAGUAAUUUUUGACUUCUACCCACAAUUAGAAGGUGAUGUUAGAUUAAAAGAAGGUGAUACUGUUACGCUAAUGAGGAAAGUGGAUCGUAAUUGGUACGAGGUUAUUACGGACAGUGGCGACACUGGAAUAUGUCCCGAAAAUUACAUUGAAGUGAUUGGUAGUGGUCCACCCUCAUACAAUGAAGUUAUGGGCAAUAUUUAUAAUUGGUCUAAUAAUUCAGUGACUAAUAAUAAUUCUGAAAAGCAAUUAGGUUUUAAUUCAUUUGACACAAAUACAUUGUCAUUUUUGAAUCAGAACACAAAUUCAUUUGAAAAUAAUUUGAAUUCUGAUGUGACUUCCAAAUUUUUAGAUGAUAAAAUUUCCCAGAGCUUAAAAGCACUUGAUUCAUCUGGUGUUAGCUCAGGUUAUGGUAGCAAUGAAAGUAAAUCAUCUUGUGUGAGCUCUAACUCAUUUGAUAACAGUAACAUAACUCAUCCUAAAGAAUGGAAUGAUUUAAACAGUUCAGUCUUCCAGACUAGUGAUUCUUAUGAAAAUGUUCAAGAAGAAAAAAUCAGGAAUUGGUCUUCAAACAAUUCUAAUCUUCCCACUUUUGAAAUAAACACAGGAAAUUUUAAUGCUGAACGAGAUCAAACACCUGCAAGACCUCCUCCUCCUAAAAACUCAUCAUCAUCUGUGAAGCUCUCUUCUCACAAUUCCAAUACUUCUCUAAAUAGUUUGAGAAUGUCUGCCACAUCUGUUUCUAGUCAUAGCAGUACAGAUACUCUUCAUGAGAAAAUGGAUAUUGAAGAAAUCCGAGCUAUUAUACAACAAAAAGAAAAAGUUUUAAAGCUGCGUGUUGCGUGUAAAAACAAGCUUGAAAAUGAGAGUAAAAGAAACAGUAACAGUUUUGCUUCAACUGAGAUGAAAACUCAAUUAUCUCAACUUGAUGAAGAAAUUAAUCGAUUGAAGAAAGAAAUAUCAGAACUGCAAGCUGACUUAGCUGCACAAAUAUUGGAAAACAAUAAAACUACUUCAGAAGAACAACAAUCUAGAGAUGAAGAGGUUGAAAGAAAAAGGGAACUUGAAGCUCAAAGAAGAGAACAAGAGAAAAAAAAGAAAUUGAAAGAACAAAGGGAAUGUAUUAUAACAGAGCUGCUGCAAACUGAAAGGGAUUACAUAUCUGAUUUGAAAUUACUCCAGGAUACAUUUUUAAGAAAUCCAAAGGAGGCAAAAGAUAAGGGUAUUGAUAUCAACACUUUGUUUGGUAAUUUAGAUGAAGUUAUUGAUGUUGCUUCUCGGUUGUUAAGGCGAUUACAAAAGCAAUCAAGAGAUACUCAAUUAAUUGGGGAAUGUUUUGUGGAUAUGUGUGGAGAAAUGAAAGAAGUAUAUGGCCACUAUUGUAGAAAUCAUGAUGAAGUUAAUACUGUUGUUGACAAGAUUGAUUCUAAUUCUGCUGGUGGUCAGUAUCUUAAACAUAAAUUAGAGAUUAUGAAAAGGCAAACUAAUUGUUUUGAUCUUCCUGCCAUGCUCAUUAAGCCAGUACAAAGAAUCUUGAAGUAUCCUUUGCUUCUGAAUGAAUUACUAAAAUGUACGGAAGAUAAUCAUCCUGACAAACAAUGGUUAAUGCAAGCUACAACAUUAAUGACAGAUGUUGCUGCUGCUGUCAAUGAAUUCAAAAGAAGAAAGGAUCUAGUUUUCAAAUAUCGCAAACAAGCUGAUACAAGUCUUUCGGGAAGAGUUUCUAAACUUAGUAUACACUCAAUGGCUAAGAAAACAUCACGUUUUGGGAUGAGACUUUCAACAACAAUUGGUUUGAAAACUAUAAGUAAAGACGAAGAAUUUGAAAAGCUGGGUACCAAAUUUAAUGCUUUGGAAAAGUCUCUUAAAAUAUUUCAGAAGGAUAUUUUGGAAUACAUGAAAAAAGCAGAAGAGCUUGUUGCCACUGCAUUUAAUAUGGCUGAAGAAAUUGCAGAAUUAUAUCAAGAAAAGAAAAAUCAACAAGAAGUAGAUCAAUUCCGUUCUACACAUAGAAUUAUUUUAACUCAGCAUUGGGAUGUUUUUAAGCAAACUGUUGAAAGAAGCAUUAAUUCACCUAUAAAACUUCUGUUGCAAUCUUUUCGUGGGCCGACAAAUUUAAUUCAGAAGAGGUAUGAUAAAUUAUUAGAUCAUGAGUCAUCUACAAGCAAACUAGAGAAAAACAAGGAUGCCACUAAAAUCAAACUUCUUCAAGAAAAUCAGACUAUGGCAAAGAAUACGUAUGAAGCUUUAAAUUCCCAAUUGUUAGAUGAUUUACCUAAACUGUGUGAUCUAUCUAUUGAAAUAUUGUAUGACUGUAUUAGAUGUUUUUUGAAAGCAAAAAAGAAUUUUGUUGGAAGAGCAGCUUUACUGUUGAUUACUCUCAUGGACCUCCCUUUGUUAUUAGGAAGUCAGGGAAAUAGCAUUCUUGAGACAUUUCAAGUGAAGCAUACAUUAGUGAUAGAUGAUCUCAGCCGAUUAUCCAUAUCACCCAAAGAAUUUGAUUCUUGCCUCAAAUCAAAUACUUUGAAAAGGAAUUCAUCACCUCGUGGAAGUAGAUUAAGCUUCUCUGGGAACCUUACAUCAAAAUCUCAGAACUCCGGCCAAAGAGUUAAAGUAAAAUCGUGCUAUCCUCAAACUGACUUGUAUACUGCCAAUCAAAAUUUUGAUGCAGUAGACAUAAUGGACAUUACCCUAAAAAAGGGAGACGUUGUGGGAGUUAUAAAAAAACAAGAUCCGAUGGGACAAAAUCUUCGCUGGUUUGUGGAUAAUGGAGAUAACAAAGGUUUCGUUCCUGCUAAAUGUUUAGUCAAAAAUCUUCCUAACUCUUCUGUCUCAAAAGUGUCUGGAGCUGAUGAUUGGAAUAUCAUGCAAGUUUCAUCACCUAAUGUGCCAACCAAUCAACAAGACAUAUAUGCUCAGUCUAAAAAGGCGCUCACUUCUCAGUCCCCGAAAUUUCCUAACAAGACUACUCAACCUGUGAGACCUGCUCCAGUUGUAUCUUCGUCACUUCGAGUUGUUGCUCCCUCACGUUACCCUGUUAACCCACCUGCUCCUGAUAGAAUGUCGAACAGAAUAUCUUCAAGUGCCACUGUAACUCAACCUUCAGUCAAUGAAAAUACAUCAGCGAAUAGUUCGGAACCCACUCAUAGAUAUGAGGAAAUAGAUGAGUUCUCUAAAGACAUUAUUCAACCAACUAGUACUUUAAUGGAUUCUGUCCCUGUUACAGGAACUAAGAAUGUAUCUAAAGCUAUCGAUGAGUUUGAUCCAUAUUCUGUAGCUAAAUCAGGAACAGAACUGUAUGAUAAUGUUCCAGAUGACGUCGACAACCUGUACAGCUUGCAUAGGUAUGAAGACAUACCAGAGGAUUCAAAUUAUGCAGAGGUUCCAAAUGAUUUAGACUGUGAAAAUAUUCCAGAGUAUUAUUUUGCUUUGUAUGAUUUCUUACCAAAUGGAGCAAAUCAAUUACCUUUAAAGCAGGGGCAGGUAGUUUUGGUGUUACACAAAUGUGAUUUAAACAGAAACUCUCAAUGGUGGUUUGUGGAGGAUCGUCAUGCUCAGAAAGGCUACGUACCUGCUGCAUAUUUGAACAAAUACUCUAAUAAAGCUGCUGCUUAAUCUUGUUACAUUGUUAUUGUUUGCUUGUUUUGUACAGAUUUAUAAAUUUUACAAAUAUUUAUAUUUCAGCUGUUUUGAAAGGUAUAUUGAAUGUUAAAUUUAAAAUGUUUGAGCUCUUAGUUUCUUUACAUCUACAUUUUCUUGUAACUGAGUGUCAUUUCUGAAUCGGAACUGAGUGUUUCAAAUAUGAAUAAUGAUUCCAAAAAUCAUUUAAAGAAGACAGGAAAGAGAUAAUAAUGUAUGGUUUGCUGCAUUCUUUUUAGGAAACCAGCUCUUUUCCAGUUGUAAAGUCAGUUGCAACUCAACGUUUGAUUGCAGAUGGUGGUGGCUGAACCCCCCCUACCCCCCCCCCAAAUUUUUUCUCUGAUUUAUGAUAAACUAUUUUAACUGAUUAAUUUUGUCCUCAAACUGGUAUAUAAUGUGCUACUAAUGGUGGUCAUUUUAAAAAAUUGAUUUAUAAUUUUUCAUAGUUAGCCAUGAAAUCUGUUGAUGUACUUUGUAACUAAUUUCAAUACUUAGUAAUAAAAAAUAUAAUGGAAUAAUUAAAUUUUCUAGAAAUACUGAAGACAGCAAAUCGUAUACUUUAAUCUCAUUCUCUGUGUCUUUAAAUGUUUUUCAAUUCAUUUUUCAUCUUCUGGACUCCCAGAAUUAACAUUUAUAUAAUUCAUAACUAUGUAUUUAUGCUUAUAGUAACAGUAAUUCAAUAAAGAAUUUUUGUACAAUUCACAAUGUCAUUUAAUUUAAAUUAUUACCCACUUGAAAUGCUUUUAAAUGAAACACUUGUGAAAAAUUAUUUCUGUGUAUUUUUACAGAUAUUUUCAAUUGUUAAUAGAUUAUAUCUGGAUCUGGUUUGUUAGGAAAAUGCGAUUCUCAAAAAAAUAUAGUCCCAGAAUUGUUGGAAAUUGAACAAAAUGUGAUCAUG